UCUUAUUUUCGAGGGAAGUGUAACUCUACUGAGUGGAGCGUUAGUAUCGACAUUCCUCUUUUUCUAGUGUCCAGGCCGGCCUACUGUAUCAGCUUAUCCAGUCCAAAAUUCGAAAAAGAGGUAGGCCCAGGCCUAAUAAUACUACUAACGCCGCCAGUAACGGCGAGUGAUUAAACGCUCCACUUAUAGAGCCACCCAAGUGAAGUUCUAGUGUUUGUCAACCUGUAGGGCUAGGCCUAGCGUACCAGUUAACCUCCAGAACUGUCACGAUGGGGUACGACGUCCGCCCACAGUUCUGGGGGUAAUAACCAGUAUUAACCUGCUAACCAUGCACAUGAUGCACAUACAUGAUGUAUAUUUACUUCCUCAACUUAGUUUUGCCUAUUGUCAGGGUCGUACACUGGAACGCCAGUGAGCUUUUGUGAUGGAAACAAGACGUUCGAUGGAUUCUUUUUAUCUGAACAGUUGUUAUGGCAACCGAAGGAAAAAGUGUGGAUGAAAGAUUUCACCUGAUAACAAGAAAUCUUCAGGAGGUUCUAGGAGAAGACAAAUUGAAGCAACUCUUGACUGAUGGUAAGGAUGUCUCUAUUUACUGGGGUACAGCAACGACAGGCAGGCCUCAUGUCGCUUAUUUUGUGCCUAUGAGCAAGGUUGCAGAUUUUCUGAGAGCAGGAUGCAAGGUAACAAUCCUUAUUGCUGACCUUCAUGCCUAUUUGGAUAACAUGAAAGCCCCUUGGGAACUGCUGAGCCUUCGGACACAGUAUUAUGAACAUAUCAUCAAAGCGAUGCUGACAUCUAUUGGUGUACCACUGGAAAAGCUAAAAUUUGUCCGAGGGACAGACUACCAACUAAGCAGGGAAUACACUCUGGAUGUGUAUAGAAUGGCAUCAGUUGUAACACAGCAUGAUGCCAGGAAAGCAGGUGCAGAGGUUGUCAAACAAGUUGAGCAUCCACUCUUGAGUGGUCUCCUCUAUCCUGGACUACAAGCUCUAGAUGAGGAAUACCUCAAAGUGGAUUGUCAGUUUGGGGGUGUGGAUCAACGUAAGAUCUUCACCUUUGCUGAGAAGAGUCUGCCAGCAUUAGGCUAUGCUAAGAGGAUCCAUCUGAUGAAUCCAAUGGUCCCAGGUCUAACAGGGACCAAGAUGAGCUCGUCAGAUGAGGAUUCAAAGAUAGAUUUGCUGGACUCAUUGGAAUCAUUGAGGAAAAAGAUCAAAAAGGCAUUCUGUGAACCUGGGAACAUCACGGCCAAUGGUGUACUGGCUUUCGUCAAGCACGUUCUCUUGCCAUUGUCUGACGGAGAAUUUCUUAUUGAGAGAAAUGAGAAGUUUGGUGGCAAUGUGACCUACCUUGAUUAUGAAACACUGGAACAAGCAUUUGCUAAGGAGGAAAUUCACCCAGGCGAUCUGAAAGCUGCUGUUGUCAGAGAACUAAAUCAUUUAAUGGAGCCAAUCAGGAAAGCAUUUGAGACGCCAGAACUAAAGAAACUCACCAACGCUGCAUACCCACCAGCUUCCAAAAAGAAACAAGGAGGAAAGCAAGGCCAAGGAGCCACAGCUGAUGAUGAGAUCAUUCCCUCCAGACUUGAUCUACGAGUAGGCAAGGUCAUAUCUGCUGAAAUGCAUCCAGAUGCUGAAAGCCUCUAUGUGGAACAAAUUGAUGUUGGUGAAGAGAAACCACGCACAGUGAUCAGUGGCUUGGCUGGUAUGGUACCUCUGGAAGCCAUGAGGGAUAGAAUGGUUGUCAUGCUAUGUAAUCUCAAGCCACAGAAGAUGCGAGGCAUCGAGUCCCAAGCCAUGGUCAUGUGUGGAUGUCGUGAAGAUCCCAAACAGAUCGAACCUCUUUGCCCUCCAGAGGGCAGUGUUCCUGGACAGCGUGUAUUCAUUCAAGGCUAUGAAUCAGGCAAGCCAGAUGAUGAACUGAAACCCAAGAAAAAGGUUUUUGAGAAAAUACAGGUCGAUCUCAAAACAUCAUCCGACAAUAUUGCCCAAUGGAAGGAUUGUGCUGUCAUGACGGACCUAGGGAAAGUCACUUGUUCUUUGCAAGAUGCCACUAUACGCUAGGAUAGAUCGUUUAAUUUCUUCAAAAAUUAUUUUGUAAAAUUUAAUUGUACAGUUGCCUUCAAGAAUAAUCCUGGUGAUGUGGUGAAUUAACCACUCGCUGCUGAGGAGCUUGGUUUUGGAGACGUUUACUUUAUCUGCACAGACGGGGUGCCUGAAAUCGGACCAGGGGAAUUGGGCCUUGUAACAAAAGACCGUACUCUGAACAAAAGACCGAGCUACU